GCUGUAGGUGAGUGUACGUUCUGGGGUACACCAAGUUGUGUAUGUGUAUGAAGCAGAUACGUCUAGUUACAAAGUGGCCUCAUAGCAGAAUAACAGCUGAGCUUCAGCUGAAGGACUAUAUGGGUCAUUGUAUAGAGCUGGCAUAGUGCUGGGAGCAAACUUCAAGUAGCAAAUUAUUUUGGAGGUAACCCUCCAAUAAACUGUUUGCCAUGUGGCCUGUCCUGUGGGCAGCAGCGAGGACCUAUGCUCCUUACAUUACUUUUCCUGUGGCAUUUGUAGUUGGAGCAGUUGGUUACCAACUAGAAUGGUUCAUUCGUGGGACCCCAGAGCAUCCGGUGGAAGAACAGAGUAUUCAAGAAAAAAGAGAGGAGAGGACUCUGCAAGAGACUAUGGGAAAGGAUGUUACACAGGUUAUAAGUCUAAAGGAGAAGCUGGAAUUCACACCAAAAGCUGUACUGAACCGCAAUCGACAAGAGAAGAGUUAGGAAUAGGUUUUUGGACCCUGCGAACCCAUUUCUGCUUUUACUUGCAGCAUGAAAUGCAUUAUCUCUUGGGAUGGAUAUAGUUUUGGAAAAUAUGAAACUGAAAAAAUAUAAUUGCUGUGUGUGCAAGCCACUGUUCUUCUCUGUUUUGUUCAGCCUCGAACACUCUGCAUGGAUUUUUUUAGAGACUAAUGCAGAUUUUUAUGGGUAGUGUGGAUAGAUUUUGGACCAUAUUAAACAUUUAAAGUUAAAAAAAAUAUCCUGUUAUGUUUCCAUAGGAAUUAUUACACUUGGACUGACCCGAACAAUAUUUAACGUAUCAUACAUAUUCAUCUAUUAAACAUGUAAUUGCAGUAAUGAUUAGUUUUGCUUUAUAGGGCAUGCAAAUACUGCAGUUACUGUAAAGUGGGAUUGUAUUAUCACAGGUGUCUAUAUUUUUCCCUGAAAGCAAUUUGAUGUUGAAUAGUGCAAAUGUUGUAAUUAAAUUGGAUGAAGGUUAAAGCAUUGAAAAUUGACUGCAAAUACUUUAACACACACCCUGAGAUAGAUAAAGGGGACCUGUCGCCCACACACAAUAAGCUGUGUAAUAAAAGU